AAUGCCCUUAUGGGUUUUUCGGAGAGUCAUGUAAGAGCUUGUGUUACUGUGAGGACAGUUGCUCCUGUAACCACAUAAAUGGGGAGUGCAAUAUUACAGCUGAUGUGGAUGCUGACUUAUUACAAGUUGGAACCUGUCUUGCUGAAUCUCGUAUUCGAAGGGAACAUUUAGUGAAAGAUCAGUCAGAGCAGCUGAGUCAGCUUCUGCUUAGCGUAGUCAUCCUUUCCAUCCUAGCUGCCACCAGCAUCGUCAUCAACAUAUCUCAGGUUUGCUUUUAUGCAGUAUGCAAAAAGACUAAGACUUAUAAAUACCAUAAGCUUAGGCGUAUACCCAAAGACUACUACAUGGACAGUGAGGAUGGGGAUGAUGAGGAAGAGGAGGUUGAGGAGGAUGAGGAUGAGGAACUGGAUGAGAGUGUCACAGAGACUUCUUUUUUAACUGGAGGUUCAAAGUUCAAUCAUAAUCCCAAGUCAUGAAAGCCAGUUUCAAAGAUUCAGAUUGAGAGGAGGAAAAAAAAAGUUCAGUUCAGAAUCCAUUGCAAUCUGCUGUUUCAUUGAGAUUGACUUUUUCUUUUCCAUGUAAUUUUUAUAAUUUU